CAACUCCUCUGCGGUUUGAUCUCUUGGAUAUUUCUACUGCGCCGCCUUACAUUGCUCGCCCCGGUUAUAUUGAGCAUCAUUCUGUGAAAUCAUCUUUUGCUUCACAAUAGACUUGACCACCAUUUCCUGCUCCGUUCUUUUUAUAUAUAGUUUGGCCUGGUAGAACCAAAUCUACCAUGGGCUCCAAAUCCCCUGACAUUCCCCUCUCCAACAUCCCUUCCUCACCCCCAUUCACACCGUCCCGGAACCUCACGGAACCCCCCCGAAGCUCGAGUUCUCAUCAAACACCUCUCCCUGACCUCGCACAUCGAAGGCGGCUUCUUCGCCCAAACCGACCGCUAGGAGCUGGUCCCACUCGGACCAGAUGGAUAGAGAGAUAGAUGGGGUAGACCCUAUUAGAAACACCGAAUCACCUAGAUUUUAUUGAGCGAGUAUUUUAUCGAGCCGCGAGACG